GGCGCGCGCAGGGAAGAUGGCGGCGCCCAGCGCGGCGGGGCUGGGCCGGCGGCUGCGGGCCUGGGUGCCCCGGCUGAUGCAGGUGAGAUGGAGCCGCUACAACCCCAGUUACCUGGAGCCAGAAGUGAGCAAGGAAUUGUACGAGAAACCUGUGGAGGAGCUGACUGAGGAGGAGAGGGAACAAAUGGAGCUCAAGGCUGUUCGACCCAUCAAAGCUGCUCCUCCCACUCUCUCCAGCUCUGUGUUCAGCGACCCCAUGAUCAGUAAAUUCAUCAAUAUGAUGAUGAAGGAUGGAAAUAAAGUGCUGGCCAGAAGCCUCAUGACUCAGACUUUAGAGACCAUUAAGAGGAAGCAGCUGGAGAAAUACCACAAAGCUCCAGAAAAUGAGAAGGAGACAAUUGAAUGCAACCCCUACGUCAUUUUCCACCAGGCUCUGAAGAACUGCCAGCCCAUCAUUGGGCUCAGCAACAUCACCAAAGGAGGCAAAACCUACCAGGUGCCCGUCCCGCUGAAGGACAAUCGGAAGCGCUUCCUGGCCAUGAAGUGGCUGAUCACGGAGUGCAGGGAGAACAAGCACCGCCGGACGAUGAUGCCCGAGAAGCUCUCCCAGGAGCUGCUCCUGGCCUUCAAAAAUGAAGGGCCCGUCAUCAAGAAGAAGCACGUCCUGCACAAGAUGGCAGAGGCCAACAGGGCCUACGCCCAUUUCCGCUGGUGGUAGGGACUCACAGGGACACGGUGCCACAGCCUGGAGAGCAGAGCCCCAGGGCUGCCUGCCUGGGAGAGGCUGGAUAGAGGAGGCAAGGGUGGAACACCCUUCCAGACUGCUGCUGAUCAACCCCAGGGAGAGCUCACACGAUGCCAUUGAGGCUCAUUUCCUUUGUGCUUGUUUGGAUGGGGGAAGGGGGGAAUCUGAGUUACCAACCCCAGCAGGGAUGCUCCAGUUCUUUCAGAAUCACUUUCCUGGGAAGACAAUCCUUAGAUGUUUUUCUUAGAGCAAUGUCAUCUUUCACUUACCUGUUUCCUGGGGACUUGGAAGUCUCUCUGCUCCUGAAAUCAGCAACAUUUCUGGCUGCACAGCUAAGAGCAGAGCUGGAUUUUUUCCAUACCAUAACCAGCCUUAGCAGGAAUGGAACAACAGGCAAUAAAAGGCCCUUUUUGAUUUUUGCUUCCGGUCAUCGGCAACAUUGUCUGCACAGAUUUGAUGGGAAUGGUAACAAAAAAUAAAACCAGUUUUAUGGGGAAGGUUUCUCAAUUCCAAA